CCUCCCUUCCUCUGUGACGGGAUUGUGCAGCUCCAGAGCAAGCUGAAAUCUAUUUCUGUCCCUGUAUAUUCUCCUCUGGCUGCUGCCAGCGAGCAUAGCGUUGUCACGGUGAUAGACAUCUCCACCAGCCUCCCUCAGCCAAUCAACACACCAGGUGUUUAUGCCAAGAAACAUGAUCAUUUUCCAUUUCCUUCCCACUCCUCUUGUAUGAGAGUAAGGGAUUAGUAGCAGAGCCUAGUGAGGAGCACACAGUGAAAAAUAGGACCCUUGGCAGUGGCACACUGAUGAUGGGAAAUGCAGUGUUUAGCCUUGGAGGAGGGAACUGAACUAACAGAAUGGAUCCAUCAAGUUCAAUGGAAUAUCUCAUGAUAUUCUCAAGCCUGAAAAAAUGACAGAGAUGAUUCCUGCAGAUAAUCCACAGCAACUCUCUGAUAUGGCAAUGAUAACUUGGAGCUGGUAUGCAUGUCUAAUUUCUCAGUGCAUUGAAGACUGCUUUUAAGCACUUUCUGAAAAAGAAAUGCAGAGCUGAAUAUGGAAAGAAAUUCAUCCACAUUUUUUUUCUGAAAAUUAUGCCAUCUGCCCAAAGACUGUGUCUAUCCAAAGGAACCUUAGGCAUUAAUGGCACAUAAAAGAUACACUUGUUAAACCAAAAUAAGUAGGACAUUUGAUUCUAUCAGACCUGAUGCUUAACAUGAUAAAGUGAAGUAGCAAAAAUGUAGCAAGCAUAAUUACUGAUGAUAAAAAAAUUUACAUUUGCAUCAUGGAGACUUCGGAAUCCUCUACUGGAGCAGGAUGUUCUCGACAAGGAGACAGAUUGAGAGAACGAAAACAUUCUGAUGCUAAAAUGACUCAAAGAGGCCAUAUUCCGUGUGCUGAGGAUGAAAUACAACUGACAGAGAGACCCCAGACAGGAGAUAUAAGGUCAGGUUCUAGUAUGGCGAUAAUGACAGUGGGGUCAGAGGCUAGACACACCUUACAACCUAGUGAGCAGUAUCCAAUCCACACCUGGAGGAAGACACCAACUAUCCCUCCUCCUGGCAAACGAGGGCUUCAGUCAGGGGUUGAAUUGCUGUCAGAGGGUAUGCACAAAAAAGAGCAGAAACCAAAGAAGACAGGAAAAUAUGUUUGCCACUACUGUGGGAGAGCUUGUGCCAAGCCCAGCGUGCUGAAGAAGCAUAUACGUUCUCACACUGGUGAGCGACCCUAUCCUUGUAUUCCUUGUGGUUUCUCAUUUAAAACUAAAAGCAAUUUGUACAAACACAGAAAGUCUCAUACGCAUGCUGUCAAAGCAGGAUUGGUUCCAUUUUCAGAACAAGACAGUAAACAUAUUGGCAUGGAUGAAGAACUGGGAGUCGGAGAAGGGGAGAUGCACUCUGAUGCUGAGCAGAGCACUGACACGGAUGAAGAGGGGACUGAAGACUUGGACAAAGAGAGUUAUAUCCUGAUGAAAGACAGAGAGGAUGCUAUACAAGAAGAGUCUGGUAAACUCAUACAAAUUGAAAAUGUGAUGACCUCUCAGAGUUCCUCAAAAAAGGAGGCUGUGUCACCAUCUGGAAAAAUAUCUUUAUGGCAGUUCAGAGAAAUGAUGCCACCUGCAAUUGUCACUCAGGUGGACCAAGAAGUUGAGUCUUCCACCAUCAAACAAAGACUUGCCCUUAGGCUCUCCGAGAAAAGAAGUCAGGAAUCAGACCAGUCUCUCUCCCUCCCCAGUUCGUACAGCAAAGGAAGCACUGACUCUGGUUACUUUUCACGCUCAGAGAGUGCAGAGCAGCAGUUUAAUCAAGCAAGUGCAAGUGCCAAGUCAUACCAAGAAAUAAUGUUUGGAAAGUGUUAUAGACCAAGCUCCAAGCCAAGGCAAUCAAUCACUGUACAGACUUGCAUGACAGACAUAAAUGAUACUUCAUCGAGUUUUAUGAUUAAAUUGACCAAAGGCAUGGUGCCUGGGGAAGCUGCAUCCCAUUUGCACAGACGCAAAAAAGACCUAGUCAGAUCAAUCAAAAUUGAAUCAGACUCUUUUCAAGAAGAUAACUAUCAGGAAAUCCCUGAAAUGUUUCAAUGCAGUGCAGAACUUUUGGAAAACCCACCAGAAAGUGGUUUACUUUUACGAAGCAACUCUCUUCCAACCCCAUCAGAUUCCAACUUGAAUGCACCACAAGGACUAAGAAGUAGUAAUUCUUUUGAUGAGAGGAUGACAAAUGAUGAAGUCUCCUAUCGCGGGUCAGUAGGCAUGAGAAAACUUAUGAGACAGGCUGCUUUUGAGCAAUCUGCUCAUGAAGGGCACACAGAAUCAGAUAACCACACUUCUUUGGUUUGUGGGCUGAAAAUCCACAGAGUAGAUGACCAAAAUUGUCCAGAAUUUGAGAGAUCCCUCAUAUUUCAAAGCCACCUUAUUGAAAAUGCCACAAGGAAACGAAGAAAGGGUAAGAACACCAUGGAAGAGGAAGACUUUCUGACACAACAUAAGCCAUCAGGCCUGCCUCAACUCUCAGGGGACCUUGAUACAAAGCAAGAUAUUCAUGAUGCUACAUAUACUGACACAGAGAGAAGGGCUGGCAGCAAUGUUAUCUCUGUAAUUCAACACACAAACUCAUUAAGCAAGCUAGGCUCUGCAGAAAAGUCCACUGACUUUGAGUUUCAUCAAUUUGAUAAAAGUAACCUUUACCAAUUAUUGGAAAAGGAGCAAAUUAAAGAAAGACACAAAACUGAUCUUCUCAUUAAAUCUGGAAAAACAGAGAAGCAAUGGGGUGGCAGUAAUUUGCUAUACCAGAGGUCUCACCUAUCUAAACAACUUGCAUCUCAGUCUGGUAUACAAGUUCCUGAGAUAAGAGUUACUGAGGAGCCUGACAAACCAGAAAAGCUACAAGAUGUGCAGGUGAAAUCAAAGGAAAAACAUGGGGAGGAAUUCCAGUGGCCUCAGAGGAGUGAAACCUUGUCAAAAUUCCCAGUUGAAAAGCUACCUCCGAAAAAAAAACGUUUGCGAUUAGCUGAGAUGGAAUGUUCCUCCGGUGAAUCUAGCUUUGAAUCUGCUUGUACUAGUCUUUCCAGAAGCCCAAGUCAAGAUAGCAAUUUGUCUCACAGCUCAAGUUUCUCUCAAUCACUCGACAGAGAGGAGAGUAUUAACAUUGCAUCGCCAGCUAAAUCGGAUGAAUUUAGUAGGCCUUUGGAGUUCUUAGCAGUGCCAGGGGGCUCACUAAGUCAUCACAGAGAGAUGAGGCGCUCUGCAUCAGAACAGGCACCCUGCAAUUUACCCUUGGAGUUACAAGAAUUUAGAAGCCAGUCCUUUGACUAUGGCAACCUUUCUUCUUCAUCCAGUUCUAUGCAAAGUGACAUCUAUGCCAGUGCAUGCAGACAUCAGGAGAGAAGAAGAGGCUACUUGGUUAGACAGGCGUCUUUGAGUGGCGAUCCAGAGAUUAUAACACGUGACAAAUCUUUUGAUAUUAAUAUUAUUCAAGGCAGCUCAGAUCAAGUUGAAAUAGGAAGGAGAGCGUCUUCACCAGACAAACAUUUUUUCAUGGAAGGAGGCUCUGUUGGCAUUGAGAAAGGCAUAAGGCAUUCCUUGAUGCAUGGAAGUUUCUCUCCACAGUUAAUUUCAACAGAUUUGUCGUGCAAGCCAGUGCAAAUCCCAUGUCAUAAACCAAUUCAUCUUUCCCAGACUGUACAGAAGCAUGAACUUCGUGGUCUAAAGCAGAAAAUAAAGAAAGAUCCUGAAGAUCCAAAACUACCUGAGGAUCCCAGAAUUGCCCUGACUGAUCUACCAAAAGAUCAUCCACAGAGCAUCACCAAUGUCUUGUCAACAAUAGCAGUUCUUUCACAAGCUCAGCCUGCUUUAACCAGUCAGAGGUCAUGUGGUUUGUUGGUUCCUGUCAGAAUUCAGAUGCAAGUGCCAUGCUAUGGAAAUAUCACAUACACAAGCAUAUCUCAUAUUCUGGAUUCUCAGAAUUCUAUAAACUUAGGAAACAGUAAUGUCACAUCCCAAAAUCGACUUGCAAACAUCACAACACAGCAUAGGAUAGGUUUUGAUCUAUCUCAAAUAUCAGGACACUCUAGAGGACUGCUGCACAACCCGCAAUUAUCACCUGCAAAGCUUAAUACAGGCAUACCUCUGUCCUUGACCUCUAGAACCAUCUCAACCACAGAGGCCCCCAGUGGUGGAGCAAACAAGCGAAUGCUUUCUCCUGCAAGUAGCAUUGAGCUCUUCAUUGAAGCAAAGCAGCAAAAACGAGUCAAAGAAGAGAAAAUGUAUGGCCAGAUUGUGGAAGAACUGAGUGCUGUAGAAUUAGGACAUCCUGAAGGGGAAAAAGAGAAAUUCAAGAAGGAGACCCAGUCAACAAACAUUCAGGACCCAUCAGUGUCUGUCGAGGAGAUGGAUAUGGAAGACCCCAAUAUAGAUUUUCACCGUAAGGCAGGGUUUCCGUUGUCCAGCAGUGUUACAAUGAAUAAUUUGCCAAUGCCAGUGCAAACUGCCACUAGUCAAGGUUAUGUGAUACCUGCGUUGCCCAGAGAUAUUGCCAGUGCUUGGAUACUGUCGCAGUUUCCAAGUCUUCACACUACAACCUGUGUGAGCUGGUGUUAUCUCAAUUCUGUUAAGCCUAACAGCACUCAGACAUCCCCUCAUUUCUCAGUGUAUGCCUCUUGGUUUGUGCGACGCCAUAAUCCAAAUCCACCCAAUCUAAGCACUGGAAUGGUUCUUGCUCUUCUCCGAUCCAAACAGAAGGGCCAAAAUACCACAUAUACAAUAGCAGCUAUGUAUCAGCCUGGGGUACUUGUUACCUCAAAUUUGUGGAAUCAAAAGCUGGAACAGGGAACUGUGGAGAAUAGAAGAGAUGACAUACAGUAUGACACAAGAAAGAAAGAUGUCAGACAAAAAAGCAAAUGUUUACAUGAGGACAGCAAAGACAAAGAAGCUUCUGUAAAGCAAACAGAGCCUGUUCGAGUAAAGAUUUUUGAAGGGGGGUACAAGUCAAAUGAGGACUACGUGUAUGUUAGGGGCCGUGGGCGAGGGAAGUACAUUUGCGAAGAGUGUGGUAUUCGUUGUAAGAAGCCUAGCAUGCUGAAGAAACAUAUACGUACUCACACAGAUGUGAGGCCUUAUGUUUGCAAGUGCUGCAACUUUGCCUUUAAAACGAAAGGGAAUCUCACCAAGCAUAUGAAGUCAAAAGCUCACAUGAAAAAAUGCCUUGAGCUUGGGCUUUCGCCCAUUGCCAUGGACAAUACAGAUGAUGCAGAUCAUGAAGAUGAUAUACAGAAAGCCUCAGACAUCAGACUGGAAGUAGAGACAACCAUUAAACAUCAGUUCUCAGAUGCAGAUGACUCUGAUGGUGGUGAUGAAGAUGGAGACGAACCAGACGAUGAGGAGGAUGAUGAAUAUGAUGGUGACUCCACACCCAGAACCAUCUCCAGGAGCACAAGUCCUCAGCCCUGUACAGUUAACAAGACAUCUCCCUCCAGCUGUUCCACCAAAAGCUUGGACACAGGAAACAAUCCUAAGGAAAGAUAUGAGGCCUGCUCUCUUGGUAGUGAGGAUGAUCUACUUCUAGAACAAGCAAGUAGCUCCUUUGAUCCCUGCCCACCUCAUUUGCUUUCUCCUUGUUGGGAUUCACCUCAUCAAAGGUAUAUAUGUCCAAGGGGGGAUCUGUCUCCACAAGGUCAUCUGUCUCCAGGAAAAGAUACACCUCCUUUGAGGGCCAUCUCACCAAGGAGGGAUCUAAACAUCAGAAGAGAUCUCUCACCCAUUCGCCAGCUCUCACCUGUAAGACCCAUGUCACCAGGGACAGACGUAUCUAGGCAUCGAGCGACCUCCCCACGUGGUCGGCACAGAGGCAUGCUCAAGGCUACAUCCUCACGCAGGGGGUCCUACCAGCACAGAGCCUACUUGGAUCAAGGCAGGGGAACGAGAUUAGAAGCUUCUCCCCUAAGACAACCCAUUGGAAUGCACCCAGAAAUGGACCAGCGUGAGGGCAUUCUUCAAAAUCUUUAUGUCAGCGACUGCCUUCGCAGUUAUAAUGAUGCAUCCACUCUGCCACGCCAAGACAUCUUCAGCCACUUGCCUUUACACUCUCAACGGCAGGUACCAACUCCCAUCCCAAUGGUUCCUAUUGGAGGGUUAAGAAUGCCCUCUGUAUCGCCAUCUGGUGCUGUAGACAGACACUCUCAGUCACUACCACAGGGGGGCAUAUCAGAGAGGGCUAAUUCCAGCCAGACAUCAGUUCCUGUUCCGGGACCUGGAAUAAGCAUCCCAUCAUCUCAGAAGAAGGAGAAACCACCCUCCUGCAUUGGUCUUGCCAGCAAGGACAAGAAGCAAGAGGAGAGUGUUCAUAUCUGUGCAGAGGCUAUUGCCUCCCUCAGGAUCACUUCAGAGGAUGUAAUUGAAAAUCCUCCAAAAAGCUGAUUCACACAGCUUUGUACAAAACAUUUUGUUAUGUCAAGCUAACAUGAAGCUCAGAGGAUGACUGAGAAGCUAUGGUUUUGGUAAGGUGCAAUAUAUGGCAUAAACAAAUUAUGAGUAUAUGCAUACACUUUUGCAUACACAUGCACAACACCACAUUUAGGUCAGACUGCCAUAUUGGUCUCAAAUUUCUGUAAACUUCAUGUUGUUCACUCA